GAGAGGCUGUUUACCAGAAGAGCAUAACAAGGGCAGGUCUGACUGCAAGGCUGGGAACGGGAGGCAGAGCCGCCGCCAAGGGGACCCCGGUUGGACCCUGGUUGGUCAGUCACCUGCAGGACGAAGGAGGUGAGGAUGCUGUUGGCCUGGCUGCAAACAAUCCUCGUCGUCAGCAACAUGCUCCUGGCAAAAGCCUAUGGAUCUGGAGGCUGCUUCUGGGACAACGGCCACCUGUACCGGGCUGACCAGCCGUCUCCCGCACCGGGCCUCCUCUGUCUCAACUGGCUGGACGCGCAGAGCAGCCUGGUAUCUGCCCCCGAGUCGGGCACCGGCAACCAUAGCUACUGCCGGAACCCGGACCAGGACCCACGUGGGCCCUGGUGCUACGUCAGCGGCGAGGCCGGCGCUCCCGAGAAGCGGCCUUGCAAGGACCUGCGCUGCCCAGAGACCAAUUUCCAGGGCCUGCCAACCUCUACAACAGAAACCGAGGAGAUGUCUGAAGUGCCAGGAGGAGAUGAGGUGCAGGUGUUUGCUCCUGCCAACACCCUGCCUGCCCAGAGCGAGGCCGCUGCCGUGCAGCCAGUGAUUGGGAUCAGCCAGCGGGUGCGGGUGAACUCCAAGGAGAAAAAGGACCUGGGAACCCUGGGGUACGUGCUGGGCGUUACCAUGAUGGUGAUCAUCAUCGGCAUUGGAGCUGGCAUCGUCCUCGGUUACACCUACAAGAGGGGCAAGGACCUGAAAGAGCAGCACGAGCGGAAGGUGUGUGAGAGGGAGAUGCAACGAAUCACCCUGCCCUUGUCUGCCUUCACCAACCCCAACUGUGAGAUCGUGGAUGAGAAGACCAUUGUGGUCCAUGCCAGCCAGACUCCAGUUGACCUUCAGGAGGGCAGUGCCCCCCUCAUGGGCCAGGCGGGCACUCCAGGCGCCUGAGCCCCCCAUGAUGGGCAGAAGCCCAUGCAGACACUGGUGCAGGACCGCCUACCCACCUACAGCUGGGAGGAUCUACACUUUUUGUUGUGGUUAAAAACCCCCACU